GUUGAAAUAAAAAAGUUUUUAAACAUUUCGACACAUCGUAAACAUGAAAUUUUAUUUCGAUGUUGAAAUGAUAACAUUUUAUGUGUUACAGUCAAUUCUCGAAUAAUGCUUUAUAUUCUAGCUCAGUUUGUGUUUGCAAUAAUAAUUGUUUAUGCGAAUGCUCAUAAUGAAAAUAUUAUAAACGUGAAACCGGCAGAAUUUAAUUUCAAAUUAAACCUCUACGACCCUAAUCGGGAGGUAUCACAAGAAUACAGAAGAAAGAACAGCGACAGAGACAACAAGAAUGAUCUCAGAAUCCGGAAUGACUACUCCGUCUACUUCAGCAAGGACAACCUGAGGAUCCUGGGCGGUAACUCCUCCAGCACUCUGAACUAUCCAUACAUGGCGGCCAUUAUAAUCAACGGACGGCUGUGGUGCGCAGGCGCAAUAGUAGAUGUUAACUGGGUUGUAACAGCCGCGCAUUGCUUGAAUUAUGUUCUCCACGUGUCUCCAAUGAAGACCCUGAGCAAGUUUGUAAAAGUACGCGUGGGCAGCGAGAAACCUCAUGAAGGGGGAGUCCUCAUGGACGUGGCUGGUGCAGUGCGGCACCCCAAGUUUGAAGAGGAACCGGUACCGCAUGCUGAUGUUGCUUUACUUAAGCUGGCUUCAAAUCUAGAGUUCAGCAAGUACGUGAAUCUGAUCAAAAUCUAUAGCGGAGUCAAAGAGCCAUUUGCGCAGAGCUUCGUAGUUGUCACGGGCUGGGGUGCCACAAGGAGUUCCGACACAGACUUCCGCGAGCACACUCCAGAUAUGCUGACAGCACGUCUGAAGGUCCGCACGACACACUACUGCAGGGACGCCUACCAGCUGGUUAAUGGUUUCCAAUUCACGCCUGACUUCUUCUGUGCUUCGCUGAGGAACGGAACGAGGGAUGCCUGCUUGUUCGACGCAGGAGCGCCAGCGGUUCAACAGAACAGCCUCAUGGGAAUAAUGAGCUUCGGUCCUGAGCGCUGCGGCCAUGAGUUCCAGCCGGCGGUCUUCAUCAAGGCUUUCUAUUUUAGGGACUUCGUAAGGACAACCAUUGCAUCAUACAAGACGACUGCAGACAUCAUAGAAGCUAUCCAGGAGAUAGACCCGAGUAUACGACCCCCCCUAGCAGUAGCCGAUGACGAUUUUGCUCCGGUCAACGUUGAGGAACGGACCGAACCUGAUGAAAGACACAACUAGCCUUUACAAAUAAAUUAUAUAAGACUUGUA